AAUCUCAAGUGGUAAGUCAACCCCACAAGAAAAUGUUUGGUGAACCAAGAAGCACCACCAUUCAAAACCACCCCCUCACUUUCUAUAUAAAAGAAACCACAUACAACAUCUUCAACACAACACAGACCUCUCUUGUAAAUCAAAACAAACCCACUUCAGUAUUUCUUGAUUCAUGCUUCCCCUACCAUAUAAUCAGUGAUCAUUCUUCCGUAGAAUAUCUUUCUUGUUUAAAUCUUGUCUUUUCUUAUAAAACAGAUUCGAUUUUUCGGUCACCUGAUUAAAGCAGAGGCUAAGAGAGAGAUGAAGAUGAUAGGAAACAAUAACAUGGGCAGCUCGACAAGAAGGAUUUCAACAAGAGGAUUUGGAGGAGUGCUUAAAGAGCAAAAAGCAAGACUGUAUAUCAUUAAGAGAUGUGUGGUCAUGCUUCUUUGUUAUCAUGAUUGAUUCAGUUCAUAGUUUACUUAGAAGUUUUCUUUUUGUCGGAAAGAUUGUAAGUAGAAAAAUGACGACACAAAAGAGCUUCAACAGUUUUGUAACCAUAUAUCUUGGCUUUUGAUUUGCGAUUUUAUACUAGAUAUUAGUUUUACU